AUGUAAGGAAACAACGGAGAAAGAAAAAAAAUGAUAAAGUAGUAAGGCUUCUCUAUGUUUGUUCAAAAGAAGGGUUUAGGAAGGAACCUUAGAUCAAGACAUGUUAUUCACAGCCAAUUACACGGUGUGGUUGUAAAGCUCAUAUGACUUGCUACCUUCAGAGGACGGGAAGAUAUAAGAUUGUGUCUUUCAACCAGAAUCAUAACCAUGAUUUAGUGAAGACGCCUAUGAAGCAUUUGCUGAAGGGAAACCGGAUGUUCUCUGUCGCUCAAAUACAACAUGCUGAUGAUGCCGAGAUGUCAGGAAUUUCAGCAAAAUCAACUGUUGAAAUGAUGAGUAGAGAAGUUGGAGGGCGAGAAAAUCUGGGGUUUUUGGAGAAAGACUAUCGUAAUUACAUUUAUCGAAAGCGAAUGGAAAAAAUGGUAAAAGGAGAUGCUGGAGCAGUUUUGGAAUACUUUCAAAAAAAGAAAGAGGAUAAUUCAUCUUUUUUUUAUUCAAUGCAACUAGAUGAGGACGAUAUGAUCACGAAUAUCUUCUGGGCAGAUGAUCGGUCUAUAAGUGAUUAUAAUCUUUUUGGAGAUGUCGUCUGUUUUGACACAACUUACAAGACUAAUGAAUAUGAUAGACCAUUUGCACCAUUUAUCGGGGUCAAUCAUCAUAAGCAAACUGUAGUGUUUGGUGCUGCUCUCUUAUAUGAUGAAACCACUGAGUCAUAUAAGUGGCUUUUCGAGACUUUUCUUGGAGCAAUGUCUGGAAAACAACCAAAAACUAUUCUUACUGACCAAUCUGCAGCAAUGGCGAAUGCAAUAGUGAAGGUAUUUCCUGAAACAAAACGUAGGUUAUGUGUUUGGCAUAUUUACCAAAAUGCUGCAAAAAAGUUGAGUCAUGUAUUUCAUGGGCCAGGACAGUUUGCCACAGACUUUGGAAACUGUGUAUAUGACCAUGAGGAAGAAGAAGACUGGUUAUUGGCAUGGAGUAAUAUGCUCAAUAAGCAUAAUUUGACAGAGAAUAAAUGGUUAAAGAAUAUGUUUGAGGUGAGAGAAAAAUGGGCAAUGGUAUAUGGACGUCAUACUUUUACAGCAGAUAUGGUGAGCACACAACGUAGUGAAAGUAUGAAUAAUAUUUUGAAAAGAUACUUGAAGAGUAGUUAUGACUUAUUGUCCUUCUUUGAACACUAUGAGAGAGUGUUGGAUGAUCGGCGAUAUAACGAGUUAAAUGCUGACUUCAAAAUGAUGCAUACCUCUUCGGUAUUAUCUGCUACCGUAGAGAUGUUGCAACAUGCAGAGGAGGUGUAUACACCCGAAGUUUUUAAGUUGUUUCAGAAGCAAUAUACAGUUAUCGGUGAUUAUGUUGCUAAAAAAGUCAGUAAGUCUGAGAUGGUGUAUGAAUACAAAGUAUCUUAUCGUGGUGGACCGCGAGAGCAUUUGGUUAAUUAUGAUGCUACAAACCAAACGAUACAGUGUAGUUGCAUGAAGUACUCUUUUGCUGGGAUCUUAUGUCGUCAUGCAUUGAAAGUAUUGGAUAAGAAGGAUGUUAGGAGAAUUUCAUCUAGCUACAUCUUGAAUCGAUGGAGUAAAGAGGCAAAAUCACGAAACAUAUUUUCUUAUCGUUCAGAGACAUUUAAUGGAACAGUAACGCAAUCGAUUGGAAAGCGUUAUAGCCAUUUAUGUCACAAUUUUCGUGAGAUUGCAUCUGUUGCUGCUGAACAUGUAGAAUUGACGAUGUGUGCGAAUGAAGCUGCAUGUGAAUUGCUUAAAAAAUUGGAGGAAAAGAAAAAAGAACUUGUGAAGGCUAAUGCAUGGAUGCUCCCAACUUCAAAUGUUGAACAUGUGGAAAGAGAAGAAAAAGACGAGGAAGUUCUAAAUGCACGUGGAAUUAAAAGAAAAGCUACUGUUGGACGACCAAAGAACAAAAAGGUCGGACCCCACGGUCGAUAUUUGAAUGCUCUUGAAACGAAAAAACGGGGUACAUCAAAGAGAAAAUUAUCGUUUCAGAUGUCUUUCUCUGGAAACGAUUACAGCAAGUUUCUAUCUCAAGGGAAUGCACCUGUUCCUCGUGCUUCCAGAUCUCAAGGCACUGUUCCUCGUGUUUCCAAUUCUCAUGGGAAUGCAUCUAGAAACUGUAAUCCACCCUCACCAGCCAGUCAAAACCAACAAGCCGGUCUGUCUCCUCCACCAUCCAAUCAAAACUCUCCUAAUCCAUCUCAUUCAGCUACUCAUCCACCAACUGGGCGUCUCAACGAUCUGACAUUGGAGGAGCUCCUUGACAGUCCGGGGCUUGCAGCUUCUGUCCGCAAGAUUUUUGAAAGAGAUUUCAAGGAACCUCAUGCCAAUUGGACACAGACUCCUGAUGCAGUGGUCAAUCGUUGGUAUGAGACUUUUGCGCAAAUGUACAACUGGGACAAGUCCAUAAAUGAGAGAGUUAGAGAUGAGUUUGAGGACAAGUUGAAGGAUAGGAUGUCUGAUCAAGUUUCUCGGUGGAAGGGAAAGUGGAAGAAUAAAGGUGAUGAGGCAAAGCCUAAAUGGAUUGAUCCUGAAGUGUGGGCUGGACUUACCUCUUUCAAAUCCCGUGCCAGAAAGCAUUGUGAGGAGACUGGUGAUUCAACACCAGAUUUUCUGGUGGUUCUUGAGCAAACUCAUCGCAAACCUGAUGGGACUUUCAUUGAUAGAAAGUCAGAGGAGAUCUACAAGGAAGUGUCAUCAAGGAUUGGAGAGGAGGAGUCUCAGCUGUUUACAGGGGAUAAUACAGAGAGCUCUGCUUCAGGUGGAUUAUCAGUGGCUGCCAAGAACAAGAUCUAUGCUCAGGUUGCUCCAAGGAAGAAAGGAAGGUUGUAUGGGGUUGGUUCUCUGCAGAAUGAAGCAUCCUCAGUCCAUGUUGGUCCACUGCCUACUCAUAAUGAUCGAGAGGUUCUAUUGGAGAAGCUUGCUGCUGCUGAAGCUCGUCUUCAACUUCAGGCUGAGAAGAUCAAUAGCUUCGAUGCCUAUUGGCAAUACCUCGCAGAGAAGGAUCCAGUGUUUGCAGGCAUGUAUCAAGGACCAUCUGAACCGGCAAAUGCAGAAGCCACAAGAACUGCGGAGGGAAACGAGGUCGGAAGCGAUCAGACCGGAACCGAUCAGACCGGUGGAACUGAGACAGGAACUGGAGUUAAUUGAAUGUUUUACUAAUUUCAUUUAUGUUUUUGAAUGUUUUUGAAAAUCUAAUUAAAAUCACCAAAAAAAUAAAUCAGGAUAAAAUUC